AUGAUCCAAGAUGAUCCAAACAACAUUCUCUCAAACUGGUCCCCUCGAAAAUCUCCUUGUCAAUUCUCCGGUGUAACUUGUCUCGCCGGAAGAGUCACCGAGAUUAAUCUCUCCGGCAGUGGUCUCUCCGGAAUUGUCUCCUUCAACACAUUCACAAAUCUUGAUUCUCUCUCUGUUCUUAAACUCUCUGAAAAUUUCUUUGUCUUAAACUCAACCUCUCUUCUUCUUCUUCCUAAAACCCUAACCCACCUCGAACUCUCUUCCUCCGGUUUAAUCGGAAUCCUCCCUGAGUAUUUCUUCUCCAAAUAUUCAAAUCUCAUCUCCAUCACUCUCUCUUACAAUAACUUCACCGGAAAGUUACCGGAUGAUCUUUUCUUGGAAAGCAAGAAACUACAAACCCUAGAUCUUUCUUACAACAACAUAACCGGUUUAAUCUCCGGUUUAACCAUUCCUCUCUCUUCUUGCGUCUCCUUGUCGUAUCUAGACUUCUCCGGGAACAGUAUCUCCGGCUAUAUACCCGAUUCGCUUACCAACUGCACAAACCUCAAAAGCUUGAAUCUUUCUUACAACAACUUCGAUGGGCAGAUUCCGAAAUCGUUCGGCGAACUGAAUACCUUACGAAGUUUGGAUUUUUCGCAUAAUCGACUCACCGGUUGGAUCCCAUCGGAGAUCGGAGAUACUUGCCGGACGUUACAAAACCUCCGGAUUUCUUACAACAACGUUACCGGAGUGAUCCCUGAUUCGUUGUCUUCUUGCUCUUGGCUACAGAUUCUUGAUCUUUCCAACAACAACAUCUCUGGUCCGUUCCCCGACAAGAUCCUCAAGAACUUCGGUUCACUUCAAAUCUUGCUCCUAAGCAACAAUCUAAUAUCCGGUGAGUUUCCGUCUUCACUCUCUGCUUGUAAGAGCCUAAAAAUCGCUGAUUUCAGCUCGAAUCGAUUCUCCGGCGUGAUUCCACCGGAUUUAUGUCCCGGAGCAGCUUCUUUAGAAGAGUUAAGACUCCCGGAUAACCUAGUCACCGGAGAGAUUCCUCCGGCGAUAUCUCAAUGUACAGAGCUUCGUACUAUUGAUCUUAGUCUCAAUUAUCUCAACGGUACAAUACCACCGGAGAUUGGAAAUCUUCGAAAACUCGAGCAAUUCAUAGCUUGGUACAACAAUCUCGCCGGAAAAAUCCCACCGGAGAUCGGAAAACUACAAAAACUCAAAGAUUUGAUACUCAACAACAAUCAACUCACCGGAGAAAUCCCACAAGAGUUCUUCAACUGUAGUAACAUUGAAUGGAUCUCUUUCACAAGCAACCGAUUAACUGGUCAAGUCCCUCGAGAUUUCGGUAUCCUUUCUCGGUUAGCUGUUCUUCAGCUCGGAAACAACAACUUCACCGGAGAAAUACCUUCAGAGCUAGGCAAAUGCACAACACUAGUGUGGCUUGAUCUCAACACAAACCACUUAACCGGUGAAAUCCCACCCCGGUUAGGUCGUCAACCCGGUUCAAAAGCUCUUUCCGGUUUACUCUCCGGCAACACAAUGGCUUUUGUAAGAAACGUUGGAAACUCAUGUAAAGGUGUUGGAGGUUUGGUCGAAUUCGCAGGAAUCAGACCAGAGAGGCUUCUUCAGAUUCCAUCUCUUAAAAGCUGUGAUUUCACAAGAAUGUAUUCAGGUCCGAUUCUGAGUCUUUUCACGAGGUAUCAGACCAUUGAGUAUCUUGAUCUUUCUUAUAAUCAGCUUCGAGGCAAGAUUCCUGAUGAAAUCGGUGAAAUGAUCGCUCUUCAAGUUCUUGAGCUUUCGCAUAAUCAACUCUCCGGCGAGAUUCCGUUCACCAUCGGUCAGCUUAAGAAUCUUGGAGUCUUCGAUGCGUCGGAUAAUCGGUUGCAGGGUCAAAUCCCUGAAUCUUUCUCGAAUUUGUCUUUCUUGGUGCAGAUUGAUUUGUCGAAUAACGAGUUAACCGGUCCUAUUCCUCAGAGAGGUCAGCUUAGUACGCUUCCGGCGAGUCAGUACGCGGAUAAUCCGGGACUUUGCGGUGUUCCGUUGCCCGAAUGUAAGAACGGGAACAAUCAGCUUCCUGCCGGACCGGAGGAAGGGAAACGUGCUAAACACGGAAGGACGGCUGCUUCUUGGGCGAAUAGCAUUGUUUUGGGAGUGUUGAUCUCCGCUGCUUCGGUUUGUAUUUUGAUCGUUUGGGCGAUUGCGGUUCGUGCGAGGAAACGAGACGCAGAAGAUGCGAAGAUGCUUCACAGUUUACAAGCGGUUAAUUCCGCCACAACGUGGAAGAUCGAGAAGGAGAAAGAGCCUUUGAGUAUUAACGUAGCGACGUUUCAGCGGCAGUUGAGGAAGCUUAAAUUUUCGCAGCUUAUCGAGGCGACAAACGGAUUCUCGGCCGCGAGUAUGAUCGGACACGGCGGAUUUGGGGAGGUUUUCAAAGCGACGCUUAAAGACGGAUCUUCCGUGGCCAUCAAGAAACUGAUUAGGCUAAGCUGUCAAGGAGAUAGAGAGUUUAUGGCAGAAAUGGAAACUCUAGGGAAGAUCAAACACCGAAACCUCGUACCGCUCUUGGGAUAUUGUAAAAUCGGGGAAGAGAGAUUGCUCGUCUACGAGUUCAUGCAAUACGGAAGCCUCGAGGAAGUGCUUCACGGACCGAGAACAGGCGAAAAACGGAGGAUCUUAAACUGGGAAGAGCGGAAAAAGAUUGCGAAAGGAGCCGCGAAAGGGCUUUGCUUCUUGCACCAUAACUGCAUCCCUCAUAUAAUCCAUCGCGAUAUGAAAUCGAGCAACGUCCUUCUCGAUCACGAAAUGGAAGCUAGAGUGUCCGAUUUCGGAAUGGCGAGGCUGAUCAGCGCGUUAGACACGCAUUUGAGCGUAAGUACCUUGGCAGGCACGCCAGGUUACGUGCCACCGGAGUAUUACCAGAGUUUUAGGUGUACAUCGAAAGGCGACGUGUACUCGAUCGGAGUCGUGAUGCUCGAGAUAUUGAGCGGGAAGAGACCAACUGAUAAAGAUGAGUUUGGUGAUACAAAUCUUGUUGGUUGGUCUAAGAUGAAAGCAAGAGAAGGGAAACAUAUGGAAGUGAUUGAUGAAGACCUUUUGAUUCAUAAAGAAGGUUCGGAUACUCCGAAUGAAAAAGAAAAUUUUGGAGGAGUGAUUGUGAAAGAAAUGUUGAGAUAUUUGGAGGUAGCGUUACGGUGCGUUGAUGAUUUUCCAUCGAAGCGACCUAAUAUGUUACAAGUUGUUGCUUCGUUAAGAGAGCUUCGUGGAAGUGAAAAUAGCAGUCAAAGUUACAGUAACAGCUCGUAA